AUGUCAACCUCGCCUAUCACAACCCAACCAACAAAUCCUGCAACCCAAGCCCCCAAUGCCGAUUCUCACUCAGUUCAGAUCACCAAUAUUCGCUUUAAUGGUGACAAUUAUUUACGGUGGUCCCAGUCCGUUCAGAUGUACAUCAGAGGGCGGGGAAAGAUUGGGUACCUGACGGGAGACAAGAAGGCACCAGUAUCGGAGGACCCAAUGUACGUAACCUGGGAUGCAAAAAAUUCAAUGGUGAUGACUUGGCUUGUGAACUCCAUGGACGAGGAUAUUAGCUCCAGCUAUAUGUGCCACUCCACGGCUAAGGAGCUCUGA